AUGUCUCCUCUCUUUCCCGCUCUCUCAUUAAAGUUCGAUUUCUUUUUGUCCGUCCAGUUCGGUCCCUCCUCCUUGUGUCUUAUUUGUUUGAGGUUCCUUUAUCCCUCGAUUUGUCAACAAAGAGUCCAUCCCUUCCUCCUCGCUCUCUUCCUGUACUACCUCCUCAGUAACAAUCCCGGAAGAGAUAUGCAUCCUAUUACUGAGACGAAUGCGUUUUUCGAAUUCACAGGCACAUCCACAAGCGCGGUGAUCACUACUUCACUCUGGCCACCGGAGCGUAUCAACCCGCAGCAGGACCCAGCCUCUAUCCUAGAUAUGCCUUCGUGUAUCGCGGUCUUCGUUUGUCAACUUUGCCUGUUGAUGUUCGGUGAUCUGAUUCGCGUCCGUCAAGAUGCUGCCAAGUUAUCGACCUCCUCAUUUGGCUUGGCAGAACAUGCCGGUACCAUUCCACUCAAGGUGCUCAAGGCAAACGGAGGGUUCUCUUCUGUCUACGCGACCGAUGGGCCCCGCCAGGUGCCCAGACCAUUCGAGUGUGUUACAAAGAAUUACGGCCACUUUCCAGCAGAACUUCGGCACCCCAAUAUCCUUGAGUUCAUCGGAUAUGCCAUUGCAGGCGAACGGUCGGACAUGAAGGCUAUCUUAGUGUCCAAAUGGUGUGCAAACGGGAAUGUUGUGCAGUAUUUAAGAGCACAUCCAAACUCGAGUAGGACUGACUUGGUGAGUUGUUGGUAUGGCGAAUGGACUACACCAUCUUCACAGCCGAAACCCUCAAUCGUUCACCGUGAUCUGAAGCCAGACAACGUCUUGAUAAGUGGUCAAGGUGCAGUGCAGCUCUGUGACUUUGUCAUUGUUGAGGAGAAGAAGACAGAGUUCAGCGAUGUCUAUGCAUUCGGGUGCACAUCAAUACAGGCAAGUGUAACUUAUUAUCCAGAACAACAGAGUCAAUGA